AUGCCACUUGUUCCAGUCAGAGAUUCGGCGGUGAUCUACUGCAAUGCAGAAGACACGAUUUUUCUCAUCGACACACCUCUCUCAAUAGCGCUGGCGCAGAAUUUGUCCCGCUAUGAAUCUACUCGAGAGGAAGUUCAACCUGUGAUCUCAUCGGACGAUCCAACCGCCGUUCCACAAGAACGUAGCAGAACGAAAAGACGAUUACUGCGUUCAACAAGGCCUUUGGAAAGGCCUUUCCCAUCUACAGAGCCCAAAUCGCUCGCUGCACGCAAGAAGCUUCUGGAGAAGGUCCCGUUCAGUGAACAGCGAUACCAUGAUGAGUUCAUUCAGCCCCUCGUGAGAUCAGCACUUGAAAUGAUCUCAGCUGGACACGGUGGGCAGGAGCAUCCAUGGUGCCUUCCCCGGGUGCUCUGUGAUGAUCCUCGUACUCGAGAGUCUUCCAAGUCUCCUAGUGAAGGCCUGCAACCCGUGAAGAAGCGACCUCGUGGAUCAUCCUCUGGAUUGUCUUCUGGCCCGAUGCAAUCUUCAAAAUGCAACUCUUUCGGGUCGAUACCACCAUUGAUAUUGUCAUCCACAUCCGACAACAUCUUUCAUUCUCUUAACGAAUUGAGCGAGUGCGUUGUCAAAAAUGUCUUUGCGGAACCUGCCACGAUUGUGAUUGAGUCCCCGUCCGACGGACUUGGACCAAAUGAAUUUAUCAUUCCACCGAGGGCCGACUUCACCAUGUGCACACUUCCCCUUUCACCAGCAGAAAGCUCUGGACAAUACUCCCGGAUCAAGUCUCUUGAUCAACCCAUUCCUACAAUCCCUUCGAGCCACAAAUUCAAUGUCUUGCUUUUCGACCCACCAUGGCCAAAUCGAUCUGUGCGCCGAAGCGGACACUACCAAAUCCAUCCCUAUUCCGAAAUGGCUAUUCUCACACAGCGAUUGCGUGAUAUUCUUCGAGUUCACUCCUAUCAUGCUGACGCCAAGUUGAACCACCCUGAUACGACGACACUCACUCGCUCAUCUCUCUCACAAAGCCGGCUCUCAGUAGCAGGAAUAUGGAUCACAAACGCCGAAAAAGCCCGUCGAGCUGCCUACGAAGCCUUGAUUACCAGUGGCUUCCGUAUCACUGAGGAAUGGAUAUGGAUUAAGACCACUGCCGAUGGACAACCAAUUUGUCCCAUCGAUGGACUCUGGCGAAAACCAUAUGAGAUAUUGGUGGUUGGCCGCGCGGAUCCGACAGGUUCUGCAAUUUCAGCCGAAGAAAGACAUGAUACUUGGACCAAGUCCAACGACUUACUGGGUGUUGACCCAGGCAGUAUUCGUCGACGAGUCAUUGCCGCAGUGCCUGAUCUACAUUCGCGGAAACCCAGUCUCAAAGAAUUGUUCGAGAGGAUAUUCUUCAUGGAGAAAGAAGGAGGUUUGAGAGUGCAAUCAUAUUCUGCGAUGGAGAUCUUUGCGCGAAAUUUGACGGCUGGGUGGUUGGCGUGUGGUAAUGAGGUUUUGAAAUUCAAUGCAAGGGAGUGCUGGGCCGAGGCUCCUGCAGUAGAGGAUGCUUGA